CUGCUUGAUGGAUUCUAGUCUUAACCAAGACAGAAUAGCACACUGAGUGACACAUAAUAAUGGAAGCCAGCUUGUCUCUCCUGGAGGAACACCUCUCUUGUCCCGUGUGUUGUGACAUAUUCAGCAACCCUGUGGUCCUCAAAUGCAGCCACAGCUUCUGUGAGGAGUGUCUACGGAAAUACUGGAAGGACAUGGAGAUGUUCCUGUGUCCUGUAUGCAGGAAAGAGUGUUCUUCUGAGGAACCGAGCCGAAGUUUGGCCUUAAAGAGUCUCUGUGAAUCGUUCCAGAGAGGGAGUGAAAAGGAGAAAGGACGUGAGGAUAACUGCCAGCUGCAUGGAGAGAAACUCAAACUCUUCUGUUUGAAUGACAAACAGCCCAUCUGUGUUGUCUGUCACACAUCAAAGAAACAUAAAGGCCAUGACUGCUAUCCCAUUGAGGAGGCUGUGCCUGAAUUGAAGAGUGAAAUCAAGGCUCCUUUGCAGAACAAUUUGAACAAAAUGACCACAGCCAAACUGGACCAUGAAAACUGUGUGGAACACUUAAUGGUCCAGGCCCAACUUGGAGAGGAGCAGAUAAGGGGGGUGUUUAAGAAAUUUUACCAGUUCCUGGAAGAAGAAGAGGCUGCCAGGAUAGCUGCUCUGAAAAAGGAACAACAGCUGAAAUAUGAAGUGAUGAGAGAAAGAACGGAGAUGUUGACCAAGAAUAUCUCAAUGCUUUCUGAGACUAUUGGAGUUAUCAAAACAGACAUGGAGACUGAUGAUAUCACAUUCCUGCAGAACUACGAGGCCAUACUUAUCAGAGCCGAUUGUACACCUCCAGACACUUCUGCAAAAGAUGAGAUGGGGCCAGGAGCAUUCAUUGACAUGGCCAAGCAUGUUGGAUGUCUGACAUUCAAAGUCUGGGACAGUCUGAUUAAGAUUGUUGACUACAAUCCUGUAACCAUGGAUCCAAACACAGUGUCCACAAGGCUCAUCCUCACUGAUGACCUCACCACUGUGACGUGCUGUGAGGAAAAGCAGAGUCUCCCAGACAAUCCUGAGAGGUUUAAUGUAGGAGUGUUGGGGUCUGAGGGCUUCAAUAAAGGCAAACAUUACUGGGACGUAGAGGUAGGAGACAGCGAUAACUGGUCUCUGGGGGUAGCCAAAGAGUCCAUCGUGCGCAAGAAGCUAGUAAAACUGGUUCCUCAGAGUGGAUUGUGGAGCAUCAGAUAUAUUAGUGGGAAAUACAAAGCAGGUGUGAAAUCACGCACAGAGAUCAAGGUAGAUGAACGCCCACGAGUGAUCAGAGUACAUCUGGACUGUGACAAGGGGGAGCUGACAUUCUGGGAUCCCACUAAGGGCACUACUCUGUACACCUUCAACGAUACAUUCACUGAAAAAGUGUUCCCAUACUUUAGUAUAGGCAGUCUUAAAAGCCCACUUCACCUUUGUAAGAGACCACUCACUAAGGUAACUGUGAACUGAGACGUGAGCUGGGGCAUGAGUCAUAUCUGCUCAUCGGGCGCUGCACUGCGGAUUCCCUCUUCUCCAGCCUCUCCAACCUAAUGUGUGUUUGUGUAUAUUUGUGUGUGUAUAUCGGAGGGGUUGUGGAAAAAAGCAGAAGAAACAUUUCCAUCUCAUAUGGACUAAUAAAGUAUAUAUUAUCUUAUCUUAUUAAAUCAUUACUAAACAUAAUAGAACAUUACACAGUAUCAUCACAAUCAUUGUUAUGUGUAUUCAACAUAUUCUGUAUAAUGCAAUUGAUUAUUAGUGUGUUCAGUAUGUGCAUUCUAAAUAAUACAAAUUCCAAUUGAACGUCAUGUUGUGCUGUCCAUAUCAAUUUAAUAUUGUUUUCCCAAUGUCCUAUCAACCUGUUCAAGUUAAUUGAACUCCUAUAAACGUGCUUGAUUGACAGAUGAUACAUUUUUUUGCAUCUACUGCCAUUUCAAGUUCUCACCACUAGAUGGGUAUAUCAAUCUACACAGAGGAUGUACUACAAAGUAGUUUAUACAGAAGAUCUAUACAGAGACAGCCAUUCAAACCCAAAUGGACUCUAAACUGAACACUUGCCAACUGGAAAUGACAUCAUUUUGAUCUGAAUCACCAGAGUCCAGAUUGAAGAAUUCCCUUCAACACAUAAUGCAUCAUUGAUGUUUCAAAGAGGCAACGUAUUGUGAAAUCCAACCAUUACAAUCAUUUAAAGGAUAUACUGAUGGAUGGAGAAAAUGGUCAAGAUAUGAAUAAAAAAUACUGUGCAUU